AUGGAGAAGUACCAGCAGGUGUUGUGUUUGGGCAGAGGAGGAGCAGCGGACGUGUUCCUGAUGAGACACAAGGAGCACGGCAGCUUGCACGCAGUCAAGAGGAUCAAUGUUGCGGACACAAGGACAGCAAAGACACAGAGGGCCGUCCUUCAUGAGGCAGAGAUCAUAAGGAAGCUGAAGCACCCUCAUAUAGUGAAGUGUAGCGAUGCUUUUGUGAACUCUCGCGACGGAUUCAUUUACAUUGUGAUGAACUACUGUGAUGGUGGGACACUAGAUGACAAGGUUAAAGAGAGAAAACCAGAGGAGUUUUUCCCAGAGAGUACUGUAAUGGAGUGGUUUGUACAGGUCACCAUGGCUGUUCAUCACAUACACAUGGCUAAAGUACUUCACAGAGACAUCAAAACCUCAAAUGUACUGCUAACGAAGAAAGGUGUGGUGAAAUUAGGGGAUUUUGGGAUAUCCAAGGUAAUGACAAACACCACUGACAUGGCUUCCACAUGUAUUGGGACGCCCAGCUACCUCAGCCCUGAACUUUGUCAGGAUGUCCCAUACAGCUGGGAAACUGACAUCUGGGCUCUUGGUUGUCUGCUGUAUGAGAUCUGCGCUCUCAGACCUCCGUUUGCAGCUACAAACCUCCUGAGCCUGUUCUACAAGAUCACCAAAGGAGAGUAUGAUCCUGUGCCUAACAUGUAUUCGGAAAACAUCUCCUCUUUGAUCCAGAGAAUGCUCUGCUUAGAACCUGAAAACAGGCCAAGUGCUGCCUGUGUACUCAGCAGUGCCUACAUGCAAGAUCAGCUGGAGUAUAUCAAACACAGAGAGACACAGACUGACUGUGUUUCUGUGACUGAACCUGAAGGAGAGAUCUGUUUCAGGCCACAUGUUCUCAGUCAGUCCCACUCAUGGGAAGAAAAAGAGAACGAUGCGGAGGCCGGUUCCCAUGAUGAGGAAGAGGAAGAGGAAGAUGCACACAGUAAGGGUGGACAGAGCCACUGCGACUGCCACUACCCUGAGGACUUUGACGAAGAUGAGGGUUCGUCCACUCUGGAGGAACAGAGUGAACACUCAUCUUCACCAAUGAGGAGCAGUUCUGCUGACCCUAUCGAAGCUCCAAACGUUUCAGAUCAGGUUGAGUAUCCAGAUGACUUCGAGGAAGAUGAAGAGAAGGAAGAUUAUGAGGAUGUAGCAGAUUUAGUUCACACUGUUGCUCUUCAGCAGCCUCACGAUGAGGCACUGGAGGAGUUUAAGCUCUGUGAUGCUGGAGGACUGACCAUCACUCUGAAGGCACUGAAAGAAAAGGGCUGGCCACAUGUGGACCUCCGCUAUGCCAAGCUCCAGAAGAGAAACAUAGAUUCAGUCCAUAACAGUGGCUGCAUCCAGCAGCUCCAACAGGACAUACUAAAGAUCAGGUAG